UUAGAUUUGUUAAUAAUUUUAUGCCCUCCCUGUGUUAUAAUAGCAUCUGUUUUUUCAAACUGACUCAUUGCAUUUAGCCAGCAGUCAGUCAGGGGGACAGUCUAUUAAUAGCACCAGUUGGUGUGUUGUUAACCAGAGAGAGGACGAGGCAGUAUGCAAAAGACCAUUGGUGCAGCUGUUUCUUGUGAAAUGGCCUGCAGAGCUGACACUGCGACUAAAUCUCAUAGCUUUAAAUUCGUAGUUCUUUCUGAACAGACUGAGAAACUUGAGGAGGACGAAUCUGCUGUACAAGACCCUGAGCCUGAUUUAAUCCCUGAUGCUACUCUGCAAGUAGAAGGAGAAUGUUUUUAUGUCAACCGCCAACAGCUGGCCCUCCAGAGUCCCUACUUCAGAGCUCUGUUUUUUGGCUGUGGCAUAGAGAGCAGCAAAAGGAAAAUUGAGAUUAAAGGUGUGGGUCUGCAGCAUUUCAGGGAUUUGAUGGAAUACAGCCGGACAUCCAGUCUAGCUUUGGACCGAGAAAAUGUUCUGGGGAUCCUUGAGACUGCAGACUUUUUACAGCUGGAGCGAGCCAGACUGCUUUGCUGCAAGUUCCUGGAACGUGAGCUGCACCUGAGUAACUGUCUGGGAAUGAUGGCCUAUGCCUGGCAGCUGGGCUGCACUCAGCUCUACAAGGCGGCACGGCAGGUGGUGCUCACACACUUCUCUGCUAUUGUCACUGAAGAGGACUUCCUGUUCCUGUCUAAAGAGACCAUAGCAGACCUUCUUGCCAGUGAUGACCUGGUCAUCCAUAAAGAUGAUCUGGCCCUGGAGGCCACCCUGCUUUGGGUGUCAUUUGACCCAAAACGCGAAGAACAUUUUAUGGAGCUCAUUGAGCUGGUCAGGCCUGAGUCACUCUCUGUACCAUUUAUCACUCAACUAUUGACCAGAAUGAAAAGCUCCGACCCCAGAGCCAAGCUGAUCUGCAUGCUGAAUGAACAUUUCCCAGCAUCUUGGUCAAUGGGCAGGUCAAUGAGGAGGUCCAGGGCCAGAGAGACUCUCUUUGUCCUGGGUGGGCCUCAUGAUCAGGAACAACAGGCACUUUACCAGUUUCAUCCACUCAGUGGUAGAUGGCAAAGCUGUGCACCUCUGCAGAGAAAGAACCUCACACAGUACUCGGUAGCUGCAGUAGGAGAUAAUGUGGUUGUGACAGGUGGCUACUUCCGGGAUGUGCUGUGGUUCAGCGUGGACUGGGUCAAGAUAUAUGAAUGUGGGAACCAGCGCUGGGUGGAUGGUCCGGCCCUACGGAAGUCCAGGCACAGCCACUGCUCUAUAGGACUGGACACAGUACUGUAUGUCCUUGGGGGCAGCAUGGAUGAAGGGCUUGUGGCCGAUGUAGAGAGGUUGGUCCUGGAGUCAGAGAAGGGUUGGGAGGAGGUCAGUCCUAUGGUUAGGGCUGUGGAGAGGGCAGCCACUGUCGCUCUGGAGUCGUGUAUCUAUGUGGCGUGUGGCCUGGAUGAAAACGGUGAGGCCUAUGGUGGAAUUCAGAGGUAUAUGGUGAAGGAGGAUGAGUGGGAUGUGGUCUCCUAUUCUCCAUUUCCACGAUAUGACCUGGUUGCCACAGAGCUCAACGGUGCCCUUUACCUGUUUGGAGGCCAAGCUUUGCGUCUUGAUGUGGAGACAGAUGAGUGGACUCUCCUGGAGGACGAGGAAUGUCUGGACAGGAAGUUCUUCUCUGGCUGCACAACAGUCAGCAGCCAGAUAUACCUGGUUGGUGAGAAGAAGAGCAACAAAGCGUUCCCAAACAUGGUGCUGAUGGACCCUUACAUAGACACUUGUAUUGAAGCAGAUGAUGCCAUACCUUGCCCGGUGCCCCUCAGAGGGUGUGUCACCAUGAGAAUGGUCACAUGAUGGUGUGUGAU